AUGGAUGAUAUAAGAGGGGGUGAGUUUGGGUGGGAGGUUGAGAUAGUUUGGUUGGGUGGGGAGGUGGUUGGUAUUUUGGAGUUGAAUGGGAAUGGGUGGGAUGGGGUUGUAGAAGGGGGUUGGUUUUUUUUGGGGGGGGGGGGGGGGGGGUUGGUGUUUGGUUUUGGUGGUUUAGGUGUGGUGUGGUGUGAGUGUUUUGGUGUUUGGUGUGAAUGGUGGGGGGAUUGGGGGGGGGGGGGGGUGUUGUUGUGUUUGUUGUAUUUGGGGGGGGGGGGAGUGUGGAGGGGGGAGGUGGUAUUUUGGGUUUUGGGAUUGUUUGGAAUGGGGGUGAUUGAGAUUUUGUGGUAUGGGAGGUAUGGGGGGGUAGGGAUUGUGGGGGGAAGAGAGAGGGUGGAGAUGGGGGGAGUGGGUGAUGUUGUGUUGUGUGUGGGUGUGGUUUGGGUUUUGGUGUUGUUGUGUAGGGUUUUGGGUAUAGUUGGUAGAGUUGUUGUUGUUUUUUUUGUUUGGGGGGGUUGUGGGUGGUGGUGGAUGGGUGAGGGGGAUGAGUUGGGUGGUGUUUUGUUUGGGUUGUGUUUGGAUGUGGUGUUUGGUGGGGGUGUUGUUGAUUGUUGGUGUUAUUUUUUUGUGGGGUUUAUUGUAGUGUAUGGGGGUUGGUUUGGAGGUUUUGUUUUUGGAAGUUUGGAUGGUUGUGUUUGGUUGGGUUGGGUUGGGUGUUUUUGUUGGGGUUUGUUAGGGUUGUGUUGGUUAGGGGGGGGGUUUGAGUUUUGUGAGUGGGGGUUGAUAGGUGUUGUGGGUAAAAGGAGAGAGGGAUGGGAGGGGGUAUGGGAGGUGUUGGUGGGUUGGGGGGGGUGGGGGUGGGGUUGGGGGGGGUGGGUGGGUGGGGUGGGAUGGUGGUGGGUGUGGGUGGUUGGGGUUGGUUUUGUUUUGGGGGUGUGUGGAUUUUGUGUGGUUGUGUGGUGGGGUUUGGUUGAUGAGGGUGGUGGGGGGGGUGGUUUUGGGGUUUUGUGUUGGUUUGUGGGGGUGUGGUUGUGGGAUUGGGUUGUGAUGGGGUGUUUUUGGGGUGUGGGGGUUGGGGAAUUUAUUUUUUUUUGUGUGGUGGGGUUGGGGGGGAGUGUGUUAAGUAAGGGGGUUUGGAAUUGUUUUGGGUGUUGGGGUGGGGGUUGGUUGUUUGGGGUGAGUGUGGGUGGGGGGGUUGGGAUUGUUGGUAUUGUUUGGUUUUGUGAUGGGGUGGGGAGGAGGGGGGGGUUUGGGGAUUGGGUUUUGAGUGGGGCUGGUUGGGUUUGGGUGGUGGGGGUGUGGGGUUUGAGUGUGGGGGGGGGGGGGGGGGGGGGGGAAAAAUUGAGGAAUGUGGUGGGGUGGGGUGGGGGGGUAUUGUUGAAUGAGGUUGUUGGGGGGGGGGAGGGGGGUGGUGGUUUGGGGUUGGUGUGGGAUGUGGUGGGUAGGUUGGGGUGGGUUGUAUGUGUUAGGGUAGGUGGGUAUGUGAAUUAUGGUUGGGAGUUUUGUGGUUGGGGGUGGGGUUUGUUGGUUUGUGGGUUUGGUGGGUUUGGUAGGGGGGGGUGUGAUGGUAUGUUGGAGGUGUUUGUGUUGGGGGGUGUUGAUGGGUGGGGGUGGGUGGGGGGAUGGGGAUGGGGGGAUAUUGGGGGGUGGUUUUGUUGGUUGGGGGUGUUAGGGGUGGGGUUGGUGUUUGGGGGGGUUGUUGGUUGUUGUGGGGUUGGUUGUGGGGGGGGUGGAGUGGGGGGGAAGAUUGGUAUUGUUGAAGGUAGUUGUUGUUGGGGGGAUGGGUUGUUUUGGGGGUGUGUGUGUGGGUGGUGGGUGUUGGUGUGGGUGUUUUUUGGGUGGGGGGUGUGGGGUUGGGUUGUGGGUGUGUUUGGUUGUGGGUGUGGUUGGGGUUGUGUUUUGAUGUGGUUGGGGUGGUUGGUUGUUUGGGUGAUGUGGGGUUUGUUUGGUGGGGGUUUGGGUUGGUUGGGAGGGGUGUGUAAGUUUGGUGGGGGUGUUUGGUUGUGGGGUUGGAGUUGGAUUGGUGGGGGGGUUGUUUGGGGGGGGAGGAUAAUGUAUGAUGGGUUUUGGAGUAAAUUGGAGGUGGGGGGGGAAUUGGUGGUGUGGGGUGUAAUGGAUUUUGUUUGUUGGGGGUGGGUGGUUGGUUGGUGGGGUGGUGGGGUUGGUGUGUUUUGGGGUUGUGGUGUGGGGUGUGGGGGUGGGUGGGGGUGGGGGGGUGGUGGUGGGUGGUUGGGUGGUGGGGUUGGUAGGUGGUGGUGGGUUGUUGGAGGUUUGGUGGUGGGUUUGUUGUGUUUGGUGGGGUUGUGGUUUUGUGGUGUUGGGGGGGGUGGGUGUGGGGGUGGGUGGGGGGGUUUGUGUGUUUGUUGGGUGGUGGUGUUGUUUUGGGGUGUGGGAUUUUUUUGUUUUGGUUUGUGGGUGUGGUUUGUGGGUGUGGGGGGGGGGUGGGGUGGGGGGGUUGGGGGGUGGGGUUUGGGGUGGGGGUGUUGUUUUGGUGUGGGGUGGGUUGGGGUUUGGGUGGGGUUGUUGUUGGGGUGGUGGUGUAUUUGUGGUUUUUUUUUUUUUGGUUUUGUGUGGUGUGGGUGUGUAUUGUUGUGUGGUUGGUUGGGGUUUUGUGGGUGGUUUUGUGUGGGGGGGGGGGGGGGGGGGGUGGGUGGUGGGGUGGGGUGGUGGGGGUGGGGGGGGUUGGGUGGUGGUGUGGGGGUGUUUGUUGGGGGGGGGGGGUGUGGGUUGGGUGUGUUGUUGGGGUGGGUUGUGGGGGGGUGGGGGGGUGGGGGGGGUGUUUGUGGGUGUGUUUGGGGUGGGGGUGUGGGUUGGUGGGGUGGGUGUGGGGGUGGGUUUGGGGGUGUUUGGGUGGUUUGUUUGUGUGGGGUGGGGGGGGGUGGGGUGUUGGGUUUGUGGGGGUUGGUGGUGGGGGGGGGGGGUGUGGGGUGUGGGGGUGGGUUGGGUUGGUGGUGGGGGGGGUGGGGGUGGUUGUGGGGUGGGUGUGGGUUGUGUGGGGGGGUUGGGGGGGGUGGGGGUUUGUGUGGGUGUGUGGGGUGGUGGGGGGGGUGGUUGGUGGUGUGGGGGGGGGUGGUUGUGGUUGGUGUGUUGUUUGUUGGGAGGGUGGGAGGGGUUUAUGUUGGUGGGGUGAUGUGGUGUUUGGGGGUGUUUGGGGAAAAUUAUGAGUGGAUUGGAGAGGGAGAGGGGGGUGGGAUGAUGGUGUUAGGGGGGGGGGUAGUAGAGUGGGGGGGUGUUUUGUGUGGUUGGGGGGGGUUAGUGUGGGGGUUUGUGGUGGGAUUUAGUGUGGGUGUGUUUGUUGGUGUUGGUUUGUGGUGGGUGAGGUGUUUGUUUUGUUUGUGUUGUGGGUUAGGUGGUGUGGUGAUGUGGUUUGGGGGGGGUGUUGUUUUUUUGGGGGGGGUUUGGGGGUUGGUGAUUGUUGUGGGUGUUUGGUUGGGGGGGAUGGUUUGGGGGUUUGUGGGUGUUUUGUUGGUGUGGUUUUGGGGGGGGGGGGUGGUGGUGUGGUGGGGUGUGGUUUUUUGUGGGGUGGUUUGGGGGGGGUGGGGUUGGGGUGGUGUGUGGGGGGGGAGUGUGUUUUGGGUGUUAGUUGGGUGGGUUGUGGGUGUGUGGGUGGGGGUUGGGGGUGGGUGUGUGGGGGGUUGUGGGGUGGGUGGUGUGGGGGUGGGUUGUGUGUUGGGGGGGGGGUGUUGGGGGGGGGGUUGGGGGGGUUGGGUGGGGGUGUGGUGGGGGGUGGGUGUGUGGGGGGGGGGGGGUGGGGGGGGUGGGGGGGUGGGGUGUUGGGGGUGGUGGGGUGGUUGGUUUGGGGUGGGGUGUGGGUUUUGUGGUGGUGUUGGGGGGGUGGUGUGGGGUUUGGGUUUGGGGGGGUGUGGGGGGGGUGGGGUUGGUUGGGUGGGGGGGGGUGGGGUGUGGUUGUGUGGGUUGGGGGGGUUGUGUGGGGGGUUUGGGUUGUGGGUGGGUGGGGUGGGGGGGGGGGGGGGGGGUUGGUUUGGGUGGGGUGGUUGGGUUGGGUUGGGGGUGGGUGGGGGGGGUGGUUGGGGGGGUUUGUGGUGGGUGGGGUGGGUUUGGGUUGGUGGUGGUGUGUGUUUUUUUGGGGGGGUGGGGGGGGGGGGGGGGGUGGUGGGUGGGGGGGGUGGGGGGGUGUGGGGGGGGGUGUGUGAUUGGGGUUUGGUUUGGUUUGGUUUGGGGGUGUUGUGGGGUUUUGUUGGUGGGGUGGGGGGGGGGGGGGUGUUUUGGGGGGGGUGUAUUGUAGGGGGUUUUUGGGGUGGGGGGUGUGUUGGUGGGGGGUGGGUUUGUGUUAUUAGUGGGGUGUUUUUGGGUGGGGUGGGGUUGGGGGUGGGUGUGUGGUGUGUGUUGGGUUGUGGGUGGGGGGGUGUGGUUGGUGUGUGUUGUUGUUGGUGGUGUUUGUGGUGUGGGGGUGGUUGGGUGGUGUGUGGGUUUGUGUGUGGGGUGGGUUUGGUGGGGUGGGGUGGGGGGGGUGGGGGUAGUGGGGGGUGGGUUUGGGGGGGGGGGGGGGGGGGUGGGGGGGGGGGUUGGGGGGUGGGAGGAGGGUUUUGUGUUUUUGUGUUUAGGUGGGAGUGGGUGGAGUUUAAGAUGUGGGUGGUUAUUGUUGGUGGUUGUAUUGUGGGGGUGGUUGGGGGGGUGGGGGGGGGUUUUGGGGGUGUUGAGUGUGGGGGGGUGUGGGUGGGUGUAUGUUGGAUUUUGGGGGGUGUGGUUAGUGUUGUGGUUGUGGGGGGUGUGGUGGGGUGGUGGGGGGGGGAGGGGGGUGGGGGGGGGGGGGGGGGGUGGGGGGUGGUGGGUAUGGGUGGGGUGUGGGUGGGGGGGUUUGGGGGUGGGGGGGGUUGGGGUUGGGUGUGGUUUGUUGUGGGGGUGUGUUGUGGGGGGUUGUGUGGUUGGUUUUUUGUUUUUUUGGUGGGGGGAUGUGGGUGUGUGUUGUGUGGGUGUUGGGUGUUGGGGGGUGUGGGGUGGUGGUUUGUGGGGGUUGUAUUGAUGUUUUGGGUAUGGGUGGAUAUGGGGGUGGGGGUUUGUGGGAUGAAUUGGGGGGGUGGGGUUGUUAUGGUGGGGGGUGGGGGUUUGUUUGUUUUGGGGGUGUUUUGUGUGGGUGUGUGGGUGGUUGGGAGGGGGUGGGGUUUGUGGGUGGGGUGUGGUUGGGGGGGGUUGUUGUGGUGGGUAGUUUGGAGGGGUUUUAUUGUUAGUUGGGUUUUGGGUGGGGGGAUUGAUGGGGGGGUUGAGAUGGUGGGGGUGGUGUUUGUUGUGGGGGUUGGUGUGUGGGUGUGGGGGGGGGGGGUGGUUGGGUGUUGUUGGGUGUUGGGGGUGGGUGGGGUGGUGGGGGGGGGGGGGGGGGUUGGGGUUGUGGGGGUGUAUUGGGGUUGGUUGGGGGUUUGGUUGGUGGGGUGGGUGGUGGGUUGGGUUUGGUGUGGGGUUGGGGGGGUGGUUGUGUUGGGGGGGGGGUUUGUGGGGUGUGGGGGUGGUGUGGUGGGGGGGGUGUUGUGUUGUUGUGUUGGGGUUGGGGUGGGUUUGGGGUUGUUGGUGGGGGGGGGUGGGGUGUUUGUUUGGGGGUUGUUGUGUUGGGAUUUGGUUGUGGUAGGUGGGGUGUGGGUUGGGUUUGGUGGGGUGUUUUGUUUUUGGGGUUGUGGGGGGUUUUGGGGGUUUGGGGUGUUGGGGUGUGGGGGGGGGGUGUUGGUGUUGUGUUUGGUGUUGGUGUUGGAGGUUGGGUGUGGGUGGUGGGGGGGUGGGGUGUUUGGGGGGGGUAGUGGGUUGGGGGGUGGUGUGGUUUUGGGUGGGGGGUGGGGGGGGGGGGGGGGGGGGGGGGGGUGGGUAGGUGUGGUGUUGUGGUUGGUGGGGGGGGGGGGUGGUUGGGGUGUUGUGUGGGUGGGGGUUGAGAUUUUGGGUGGUGUAUGGUGGUUGUUUGUUUGGUGGGGGUGGUUUGUGGGUGGUGGGGGGGUUGGUGGGGGUGUGGGUGUUGUGGUUUGGUGGGGGGGGGGUGUGUUUUGGUUGGGGGGGGGUUUGUGGUUGGUGUGGGGGGGGGGGGUGUUUGUGUUGGUUUGUUUUAGUGGUUUUAUGGUGGUUAUUUGUGUGUUGGGUUGUGUGGGGGGGGGGGGGGUGGGUUGUGUGGGGGGUUGGGUGGUGGGGGGUGUGGUGAGGGGGUUGGUGGGUGUGGUGGGGUUGGGUUUGGGGGGGUUUGGUGUUGUGUGUGGGUUGUGGGGUGGGGGUGGGGGGUGGGUGUUUUGGGGUGUGUGGGGUGGGGGGGGGGGGUGGUUUUGGGGUGGGGGGGUGGGGGUGUUGUUGUGUGUUUGUGGUGGUUUGUGGGUGGUGGGGUGGGGGGGUUGUGUGGGGGGGGUGGGGGUUGUGGGGGGGUGGGUGUGUGGUGGGGGUUGUUGGGGGGGGUGGUGGUGGGGGUGUUGUGGUGGUGGUGUGGGUGGGGGGGGGUGGGGGUUGGGGGGGGGGGGGGUGGUGUGGGGGGUGGGGGGGGUGGGGGGGGGGGGGUGGGUUGGGGGUGGUUGGGGGGUGGUGUUGGGGGGGGGGGGGGGGGUGUUGGGGGGUUGGGUGUUGUGUGUGGGGGGGUGGGGGUUGUGUGUGGGGGGUGGGGGGGGUGGGGGGGGGGGGGGGGGGUGGUUUGGGUGUUGGUGGGUGUUGGGGUGGUUGUGGGUGGUGUGUUGUGUGGGUUGUGGGGUUGGGGGUGGUGUGGGGGGGGGGGUGGGGGUGUGGGGUGUUGGUUGGUGGUUGGGGGGGGGGGUGGGGGGGUUUGGGGGGGUUUUGGUGUGUUUGGUGUUGGGGGUGGGUGGGUGGUUUGUGGGGGUGGGUGGGUGGGGGGUGGGUGGGGUUGUGGUGUUGUGGUGUUGGUUGUUGUGGGUGUGGGGGGUUGGGGGUGGGGUGGGUGGGGGUGGGGGGGUGGGGUGGGGGGGGGGGGGGUGUGGGUGGUGGGGGGGUUUGGGUGGGUGGUGGGUGGGGGGUUGGGUGGUGGGUUUUGGUAGUGGUUGGUUUGGGUGGGGUUGGGGGUGGUGGGGGGUGUGUUGGGGGGUUUGGGGGUUGUGUGGUGGGGGUUGGUGGGGGUGGUGUGGGGUGGGUGGGGGGGGUGGGGGGGGGUGGGGGGUGGGGUGGGGGGGGGGGUGGGGGGGGGGGGUGUGGGGGGGUUUGUGGUGGGGGGGGGGGGGGGGUGUGGGUGGGGGGGUGGGGGGGGGGUUUGUGGGGUGUGUUUGUGGUGUGGGUUGGGGUGGGGGGGGGGGGGGUUGGGUUGGUGUGGGUGUUGGGGGGUUUGGGGGGGAGGGGGUGGGGGUUUGUGGAUGGUUGUGUUGGGUGUGUAUAGAGGAUUAUGUGUUUUGUGGGUUGGGUUUUUUUUUGUUGGUGGUGUGGUGUGUGGUUGGUUGUUAUAGGGUUUGUGUUGGGGUUGGUUGUUGGUUGUUGGUAGGUUUGAUUGGGGAUGUGGGGUGGAUGUGGUUGGUGUUGGGUGGUUGGGUGGGUGGUUGGGUGGGGUUGUUUGAUGUGUGGGGGUGUGGUGGGGGGUGUGGGGUAUUAGAUGUUUUGGGUUUGUUGGUUGGGGUUUUUUGUUUGUAUUGGGGUUGGGGUGUUUUUGUAGAGGGAUGGGUGUUGUUUGGGAUAGGGUUUGGUGGGGGAGGUAAGGAUGGGGUUAGUAUUGUGGGGGGGUGGGGUUGUUGUAUAGAGGGGGUGGGUGGUGAAGGGAUGUGGGUUGUGUGGGUUGGUGUGGGGGUUGGGUUGGUUGGGGUGGGUUUGGGAAUGAGUUUAUUUGUUUGGUUGUGGUUUGAUUUGUUGUUUUGGGGGUUUUGGUGGGUGGUAGGGUUUGGUGGUGGGGGGUUGUGGGUUGUGGGUGGGGGGUGUUUGUGGGUGGGGGUUGAGUGGGUUGUUGUAGUGUUGGGGGUGGGGGUGUUUUGGGGGGGGGGUGUGGGGGGGGUGGGUGGGGGUGUUUUGUUGGUUGGGGGUAUGGUGGGUGGUGGGGUGGGUGUGUGGGGUGGGGUGGUUGGGUGUGGGGGGGGGGUGGGGGUGGUUGUGGGGUGGGGGGGGGGGGUUUUUUAUGGUUUGGGGGGGGGGUGGGGUGGGGUGUUGGGUUGGGGGGGGUGGGGGGGGGGUGUGGGUUGGGGGUUUGGGGGUUGGGUUUUGGGUGUGGGGUUGGUGGGUUGUGUUGUUUUGGGGUUUUUGGUUUUUGUGUGUUGUUGUUUGUUUUAG